UUCAUUGUGAAUCCUUCUGGAUGGAUUGAUUAUGCUUGCAGUUUUUCUGGAUUUUUUUUUUUUUUUUGGUUUGCCUUCUUUAGAGAAAUGGCCGGCCUUUUGACAAAUGGUCAUGAGGAAAUCCGUAACCUAAUUUCAUUUGUCUCUCUCUCCUACUCAAAGUGCACCACCAUGCAGAGAAGUUAAAAGCCGCUCCCUCUGUUCUUAUAUAUGCAAUUAGCCACCCACCCCCUAUAAAGCCUCUUCUUUCUUUCUCAAGAAAAUCCAAGAUCCAACUCAGAUGGAUGCGGCCGAUUACCCAAAGGAGAGGUCUGACGAAAUUGUGGAGCCAACCUCUCCGGACCCGAAGAAGCUUGACAAGUAUCUGACCAAGAUCCCUUCCGUUCCCUUCUUAGGUUCAGAAGGGGACAACCUGAUUGAGACGUCGAAUAACCUUCUCUGGUACCCAACUUUCGAUGAAGCACCUGACCAGAUUCAAGUUCCUAAUGGAGGUAAGAGCAUCAAGUCUGCUGUCAUGAAGAGAGGCAAGAAACUUAAGGCUGCUAUGGUCGAUGGAGGUAAAAAAUUUGCGACUGCUAUGGUUAAUGGAAGUCAGAAAUCUUGGGUUGCUAUAGUUAAAGGAGGUAAGAAAUUUGGGCCUCCAUGUAUUAAUGCAUGUGCUGUAGGAGGGGUCCAGGUUGCUGUGGCUCUGGCAACUAGUUGAACUUGAAAUUUAGGCACUUUAAGGACCAUGUUUCGAAAUAUUUUCCUUUGUUUUUGGUUGAUUGUAUUGUUUAUUUUCUUUCCGUGUUUUAGCUGUGGUUUCUUUUGAAUGACUAAUUUCCAAUUAUUUGGUCAUUGAUAUGCAUGGGGAAAAAUAAUGACUAAUUUCCAAUUAUUUGGUCAUUGAGAUGCAUGGGGAAAAAUUCUUUGGUCAUUGAGAUACUUUUAUUGUAGAUAUUACCUGUCCUUUCAUUUAUAAGAGCUUGCCUGUCCUUUUCUCCACAUAAAAAAAUCGAAAUCAUAUAUAUUUGAAAUCCACCAACCAACAUAGGGUCAAAAAGCAAAAUAAAUUAUUU